AUCAACCCAAGCUUUUGUUCCCUAUUCUUAGCUUUAUUUCUCCUGAUAUUUGCUUAAAUGUGAAGAUGGGUUGGUUCAUGUUUCUUAAACCAACUGCUUUUACUGUGGUGAUGAUGCUGGUGGCUGCAUUGAAGACAGCUGAAGCGAAAAUCAAUAUUCAGUUUAAUCAAACUCCGCCGGCAUGGUCAAGGUCCUCAACAGCUGUUUUUGAGUAUUCAGUUGAAAGGCUGGAUGGUUCUAAUGCUUGUGGGAACAAUAGUUGCUUCAUUUACUGCGAGCUGGAUGGCCAAGCUCUGAAACCAUGUCCCAUUGAUAUGGUAGUGCUGAAAAAUUUGAGCACAGAUUGCAAACACAGUUUUCUUCUUAAUGUCACAACCGGUAAUGGAGAGAAAAACUCGUCAGCUUAUUCAUGGUUUAUUGAUACAAUUCCACCAACUGCUAAGAUUUCAAGUGAACAGAAUUAUACGAACCAGGAAAGCAUAGCAAUCAACAUCAAGCUCAGUGAAGCUUGCCCUGGACUGGGUGGUUUCAAGUGUUUAAAUUCAUCAAACUGUGAUGUUACUGUAAGUGGUCCCGCUUAUGUUCAACCAUCCUCAUUAAGAAUUGUUAAACCUAAUGUGGAGUAUAGCAUGAAAGUAGUCAUCUCCUCGAGAAGUACAUAUGGACGAGUGGUGAUUAGAAUGGCACCUAACUUUUGCAUGGAUCAAGCAGGAAAUUAUUUCAGCAGAACAAAUGCUUCCAUUAUUGUCAUUCACUUUGAUAGAAGACCAGUGUUUGUUGAUCUAUGGGCAUCUGUUCCAUCCUAUGAGCUGGAAAUCAAUGGGGUCCUCAGGACUGUAUUUGCAACUAAUAGAGUGGAGGACUUGGAAAUGUUCUUGGACUUCAGCAUUCCAGUCAUGAAUUCAACAGGAGAGAUCCUAAAUGCACUACAUGUCAAUUCUGGUCACUUAGUACCUCUUCCUGACAGAACACAUGCAAAUCGCCGGUUUUCUUUUAUUCUCAAGAAUAUAUUGGAAACUGAAAUCAUCACAAUUGAACUGCGAGCAGCUUUACUGAUUGGCAGAACAGGCACCCCCGUCUCGCCUGUCACCUCACUUACAUUUCUCUAUGAUUCUUCUAAGCCCAGUGUGGGAAUAAGUACAAGCUCACUUAGUGUAACAAAUGAACACGACAUCAACGUGAUAAUUGAGUUCACAAAGCCAGUUUUCGGAUUUCAAGCCUCUAUGGUCGAAGUGGAUGGAGGGAUACUUACAAGUUUUCAGGAACUUUCAAGAGCUCUAUACUCAUUGACCAUUGAGGCAGUAACUCAUAAUGUGGUGUCGGUUAGUAUUCCUGAAGGAAAAACCAAUGAUAUUUCUGGAAAUAUGAAUAUGGCAUCUAAUAGACUUGAAGUGAUGCGCUAUACGACACCUGCAAUAUCAAUGGCACUUCAUUCAUUUGUGACUGCUGGGAUAUUAGCAACAUCAUUGGCAACCACAGUUGUCUCACUUUCCUCUGCAAAUCUUGGAGCAAUCAGCACUCCUAAGCCUGCAUAUGAGAACUAUGUUGCUUCCAAUCCAUCAAUUAAUCUGCAAGGAAUGGUUGGACACCUUCAAGUGUUUGUCCUCUCAGAUUGGAUAUUGGCUGAGGCCCCCAUUGAAUAUUCUGAGACAACAAGGGGACUUAGGUGGCUCAUACCCCGUCAAAAAGUUCCUUGGAAAAAAAAUACCAGUUCAGUUUGGCCUAACCAUGUAUACUUGACAAAAGGGGGAUUUAUAAGGAGAUCCAGCAGCUGGUUUAGUGAAUGCGCUUCCAAUGAGAAAGGUUCCCUUGACAUUGACUUGAUCAACUAUUCCCAUUUGCAGCAUGAACUAGAAUUACCGACUAUAACUGACCCCAAGUUUGGUGGGAUCCAAAGAGUGCACAACUUAAGCAAGGAAAACACUCCUUAUGGGUUACCUCUUAAUCCAAAUGAAUACUUCACAUAUUUCUUGCGAGGAGAGCCGUUAUCUGCUAGAAAUGUUGUCAAGAAAAUGGAAAAUUACAAGGGGUGGCAGGACAUGGAAAUGAAUUUGUUCUGGCUUGGGAUUGGAGGGGGCAGUUUGUUAAUAGUGCAUGUAGCAAUAUUAUUCUUUCUAAGAUGGAGGACAGGGACACCAGCUCACGGAAUUCUUUCGGUUCCAAGGUUUGAGAUUCUUCUUCUAAUUCUCAUGCUACCCUGCAUCUCUCAGUCUUCAGCAUUUGUAAUAAAAGGUGGUACAACUAAGGGAAUCAUAACAGGAGCUUUGUUGCUUGCUAUCCCUGCGGCGUUUAUUUUAUCAGUGUGCCUUUUUCUCACAAUUGUAGUCUUCACUGGAAAUCUUGCUCAGUACAAAGAGAUCAGAUAUGUCACUGCAGAGGUGUCAUGGUACCAAACAAUCUGGUUUUUGUUCAUGGGAAGGCCUGCUAAUGGCAAGUGGUUCUAUAUUGAAGGACUACCAUCAUCUUUCCUAGCACGCUUUGGAAUUCUAUUUGAGGAUCAGAAGGGUCCUCCAAUAUUUAUCUUUGUUGAUCAAAAUGACUCAAACACUUAUCCAAGGUGGACUGGAAGUGGCCAAAGUGGAAUUGGAAGAAUGAGAGCAGUCAGCUCAGAUGACAGCAAUGAAGUAGCUAAAGCCCCCUUGUCUAUGCGACUUUUGGGUUGUGCUAGAUCUUCUUAUAUUAUCCUUGAUCUUGUAAGAAGAGUCUGUUUGGGAAUAAUAGCAGGUUCUUACUCAUCGCAUAGAUUGAGCCAAAGCAUUUGUGCAUUGACAAUCACUUUGACACAGUUCAUAUGUUUACUCACUCUUAAGCCACACAUCAGAAGGGCAGUCCACCUGGUUGAAGGCAUUUCUCUAUUAUGUGAGGUAGGUAUAUUUGGUCUAUCCAUCAGUAUGAACAGCUCAAGUCCAAUUAAAGCAAAGCAUUUGGGAUUCAUAAUGUUGUCUCUCCUCUUUCUUACCUUUGUUGCACAAAUUGUAAAUGAGUGGUAUGCUCUGAUGAAAUGCCUUCUAAAACUCUCUCAGCCACAUAAGAAUUCUUUCAAGCUUGGGCUGAAGUUUGUGGCAAAGGGUUUUCUGUUGCCUUUUCUUCCAAGAAAGCAUUGGCCAAGGUUAAUACCGAGUUCCUCCCAACCAAAAACAGGUCUAGCUCCUGUCCUUCCUCUAAGCCCAGAGACUCAGCUUAUCAGGCGGGCUCCAAGAGAACAUCGUGCUGAGCAAUUCAGUGCCAUGACUGCAACAGUAGUCCCCAUGCUCAGUCCUGGUUCACCUGUUAGUCAACCUAGAGGUUUCACAAUGGUAGAGACAACUGUUACAGGACAGAGAGCAGGGGAAAGCACAAGGGCAAAAGGACCUAAACUAGAGUCAAAGAGUGAGUUAAAGAAACUGAGGGAAUUGGCAAGGGCCAGUUUCUCUGGGAACAAAAAAGGUGAGGAAUGUAGUACCAGCUAUGGAACUCAGCCCUCCACUUCUAAAAUCAAGUAUUGAAUGCAUUAGGUAGGAAGGUAACAGCUAACAUUUUUUUUGUUCCUCCAAGAACUUGUAUACUGUCUUCGAAUAUUCAGUUAUCUUCAAGUUAUUGUAUGUCUGUCUGCUCAUAUCAGCUAGCAUAAGAGCUUUCUAUAUCAGUGCUGCUUAUCUCAACAAAGUAUGAACCAAGAAAGCUUGCUUUUUUGC